CCUCCGAUUAUUUUAUCCUCUUCACGAUCAGACUCAGAUUUCACAAAACUGCAUUGCUUCAGUUAAUCUUGGGAGGAAAUCAUUAAUUAAGGUCAAGAAUAAGUGUGAAAAAGGCUGCCGAUACGAAAUAAUAGUCAGUUUUGUAUGAACAUUAGUGAUGUCGUUCAAAAAAGAUGUGGCCCUGCUCAUUAAACCCUACUAUUGGGUGAACAUCCUGAUGGGCCUUUCAUUCAUAGUGGCAAAACGAGCGCCAAUGAUUUGUAACUAUUUAUGGACUUACUUGUUCAACCAGCAGGAUCAGUGUGAACUGGAUGGACGUGAAACAGAAAUUCUAUUUUUCCUGCUAAUCGUCGUUAUGAUUCGUACAAGAAAAACGGGAAGCGUUACCAUGAUCAAUUAUCUAACAUCCAGCUUCACGUACACGAAGAUAGCGAACCUUGGGCUGUGGUUCUACAGUGACAUUCGCUUGGGGCUAAUAUAUGGAGCUCUGUUCAUCCUAGUGGCGCUGACGCUCCCCGAACCAACAUAUACGGGGCCGGAAAAUGUUGUGUACUUCCGGGUGGAAAAUGGUCUUGAGGAUGAACUCGAGAACGAUAAACGUGUCAAUUGGCUGGUGGCAUUCUAUACCGUGUGGAAUCCUGCUUGCGUAAACUUUGCUCCAGUUUUUGCCGAACUAUCUGCCGAGUAUAACUUGCCUAACUUGAAAUUCGGCAAAGUCGAUAUCGGACGAUUCCCAGCCAUUGGCAAGAAGUACCACGUUUCCGACAGUUCUUUCAGCCGACAGCUACCUACGGUGAUACUGUUCCGCAAUGGGAAGGAAGUGGCCCGACGUCCUUUUUCCGACUCCAAGGGAAAGCUGGUGAAAUUUUUCUUUACCACCGACAACGUGAAGGCGGCCUUCGAUAUGAAUAAUUUGUAUAAGGAAUGUAAGGACAAUCCGAUCAAGAGUACCAAGGCCAUAACGGGUGCGGAAAAGAAGAAGAAUUAAAUUAUUAGGGAAGUUCUUGAUGUCGGGCUUAGAACAAGCAUUUAAAGGGGGUUAUUUGAGCACCAUUUUCCAAUAAAGCUGUAUCGGAAGGUAUGUCACUAGCUUGCUAGUUAUUUUUAAAUGUAGCAUAUAAUAGACAUGAGAAAAAGCGCUAAAAUGAUUUACGUCCCAAAUAUAAUAGUCUCAGUUUGUUUCUGGAGUGCUAAUAGAUAGAUUCAGUCGUCCAUGCGACCAGCCUAAUCGCAUUCAAAGACCAAUGAUGUGUUGUGUUGACUUAGUUAUAAGGUCCGCUAGAGAAAAAAAAAAGUAAUCACGAAGUAAUUAAUAUGAAAAGCGAAGUGCUAGUCAAUAAAUCGAGCGAAGAUUUCUGAAGGCACAGAUGUUACUAAUCCGAACACCCUUGCGCUUCUUCUUGUGUUCAAUUGUUAUAUAACGUUUCCCCAAAUGUAACUUAGACGAAGAAGAAAGAAUCCCUAAAAU